GCAUGAUACAAUUACUUCGUUUAGUUUCCGAACAACAGAUCACACUUUUGGAAAACUUCUUAUAUAUGUAGAGAUUAAAUACUGACAUCAACUGACAUUGACAGUUGUAAUGUUUAUUAGGAGCUUAUAAUUGCUAAUCUUUGAUCUAUGUCAAUUGUCGUCAUUCACUCAGUUGAGUUUCAGUCGUGAUAGUUUAAGUGUUUGACUUUUGGUGUUUUGUCGAUUAACCCCAUAUUUUUCAUAAUUUUGUUUUAAAUACUGAACGUACAAUAAUUGGACCAAAUACUGGUGUAAACAAUGGCAGUAUCUGUUCGAGGAAUAUCUCAUCGCCUAGGACACUUAAGUGGCGUUUUAUCUACUGUAAAAAUAUUUCCACGAACUUACUUCACUUACACAAAUGAACCUGCUCAACCGAUCAAAGGCAAAGAACCGAAAUGGACAACCGCUGAAGAUGCUUUUCAAGAUUUGAAGUCAGGGGAUACUGUUUUCUCUCAGGGAGCAGCAGCUACUCCAAUUGAUUUAUUGAAAGCUAUGACAGAGGUAGGAAAAAACAAGAAGCUUGAAAAUGUCACGGUUUGUCACAUGCACACUGAAGGUCCAGCAACAUAUACAGAUCCAUCAUGUGAAGGAAUCUUUAGAUCAUGUUCCUUCUUUAUGGGUGGUAAUGUGAGAAAAGCAGUGGCAGAUGGUCGGGGAGAUGCUAUACCCAUAUUUUUAUCUGAAAUUCCAUUACUAUUUACCAAGAAAAUUGUCAAGCCGGACAUCGCAGUAAUUCAGGUGUCCCCUCCAGAUUCUCAUGGAUACUGUAGUUUGGGAACCAGUGUUGAUUGCGUUAGAGCUGGAAUGUCUCAUUCAAAAAUUAUAAUUGCUCAAAUCAAUCCACAUAUGCCAAGAACCUUUGGAGAUGGUAUUAUUCAUAUUAGUCAUAUUGACUAUGCUGUGAAAGUAAAUACCCCUCUACCAUGCCAUGGUGGUAAGCCUCCUACUGAUGUUGAAUUAAAAAUUGGAAAAAACAUUGCGGAAAAUUUGGUGGAAGACGGCGCCACGCUUCAAAUGGGAAUCGGCAGUAUUCCAGAUGCAGUCCUAGCAUUAUUAACUAACCACAAAGAUCUCGGCAUUCAUUCAGAAAUGUUCGCUGGCGGAGUGAUAGAUCUAGUCAAUAGAGGCUGUGUUACAAACAGUAAGAAGAGUAUCCAUAGAGGAAGGAUUGUUGGAUCAUUCUUAAUAGGAACACAAGAACUUUAUGAUUUUGUAGAUAACAAUCCAUUUAUUGAGAUGUUAGUUGUAGAUUAUGUAAAUAAUACUGGUAUAAUUGCGAGACAACCUAAAAUGACUGCUAUAAACUCAUGUAUUGAAGUCGAUUUGACAGGUCAAAUUUCUUCAGAUUCUAUUGGUACGAGGAUGUAUUCUGGUUUUGGUGGUCAAGUUGAUUUUAUUAGAGGUGCUGCGGAAGGAUUGGACGGAAAAGGAAAACCAAUAAUCGCUUUACCUUCUUCUACAAAUAAGGGACAGAGUAAAAUUGUUCCAAUUCUUAAACCAGGUGCCGGCGUUGUAACAACAAGAGCUCAUGCCCAUUACGUCGUAACCGAAUAUGGUAUCGCGUAUCUUUUCGGAAAAUCUUUAAGACAAAGAGCACACGCUCUUAUCAACAUUGCUCAUCCUGAUCACAGAGAAGCCUUAGAAAAAGCCGCGUUUGAACGUCUCCAAGUAAUGCCAUCCCCUUAAGUAUAAGUAUUAAAUUACCUCAAAGUAUAAAAGAUUUUUAGAUAAAGAUGUCACUUUUAUUUUUUUUGUACAAUAAUAAUAGUAAUAAGUUCAUAUUUUCAAACGGAUACUUGUCGCUGGUAGAGAUUCUUCUCAUCUGCAGUAUCUGCACUAUAAAUAAUUAGAAGUCGGGGAAUCAAAUUAAACACUCAUAACUAUGAUGUGACACUUCUCUUCAAUUCUCGCAUAGAAGAUUGACCAAGAGGGCAACAAAAAUUCAUUUAAAGUGCCCCUCUUGCAAAUGAAAUUCACGAUCUCUUCUAUUAUUUAAUUAAGAGGGUGACAUUAAGUGUGAACAUUUAUAAAUUGAUACCUAAAAUGUGUUGAUUGUUUAGUCAGCAUCAUCUCAUGACAUGUUUUAUUAAUAACUUCCAAUUUUGGAAAUAGACUGUGUAAUCACUGUCUCAUACUAAUUGUUCAUUUUUAGAGUGAUGAAGUGAUAAUGCAUCAACAUUUUUUGUUUUUAGAAUUGCUUUUGUAUAUUUACAUAAAUAAAAUGGUUACAGUUUG